AACACAUCUGUGGUGCGUCUCUUGCUGUGAACAGAAAAUGGAGCAGAAAGAAAAUCAGCUUAACCAGAGAAAAUUCUGCUGUUCGAUCUGUUUGGAUCUACUGAAGGAUCCGGUGACGAUUCCCUGUGGACACAGCUACUGUAUGAACUGUAUUAAAACCUUCUGGGAUAAAGAGGAUCAGAAAAGAAUCCACAGCUGCCCUCAGUGCAGAAAAACCUUCACACGGAGGCCAAAUCUGAAGAAAAACUUCAUGUUAGCUGAAUUAUUAGAAGAUCUAAAGAAGAUUGAACUCCAAGCUGCUCCUGCUGAUCACCGCUAUGCUGGACCUGAAGAUGUGGCCUGUGAUUUCUGCACUGGAAGAAAACUGAGAGCCAUCAAGUCCUGUUUAGUCUGUCUGGCCUCUUACUGUGAGAAACACCUUCAGCCUCAUUAUGAUUCAGACACAUUUAAGAAACACAAGCUGGUGGAGCCGUCCAAGAACCUCCAGGAGAACAUCUGCUCUAAGCAUGGUAAGGUGAUUGAUAUCUUCUGCCGCACUGAUCAGAAGUGUAUUUGUUAUCUCUGCUCUGUGGAUGAACAUAAAGGCCAUGUCACAGUGUCAGCUGCUGCAGAAAGGACUGAGAGGCAGAGAGAGCUGGAGGAGAGACGAGGAAACAUCCAGCAGAGAAUCCAGGACAGAGAGAAAGAUGUGAAAGAGCAAAAAGAGAAAGUUGUGUUCAUAAAUCGCUCUGCUGAUAAAUCAGUUGAAGCAUGUGAGAAGAUCUUUAUUGAUCUGAUACAAUUGAUCCAACAAAAAAGCUUAGAUGUGAAGAAAUACAUUAAAUCAGAGCAGGAAGCCGACAUAAGACUUCAUGAAAAUAUACAGAACUGUUUGGAGCAGGAAAUCACUGAGCUGAAGAAGAAAGACACUGAACUGAAGCAGCUCUUAGUUACAGAGGACAACAUCCAGUUUCUGAAUAAUUACAUCCCAGAAACAAAAAUCUCCAUUCAAGAGCCCUACAUGAGAUUUCUUCAUUGUUGGGAUGAAUGGUUCCUCAAUGAUGUAAAAGCAGCUGUCUCAGAGGCUGAAAGUACAGUUGAGCAAAUUGUGAAUAACAAAUGGAUGGAGAUUUCCCUGAAGGAGAUUAAUUCAGAGGCUUCAUCAUCAACUCCCACAGAGGGACUGGUGGACAGAAAUGAACUCUUGAAGUAUUCACAGGAGCUAACACUGGACUCAAAGACAGCAAACAGAUAUUUGUCUGUCACAAGAAAAAGAGCAGUAAAGAAGGACACAGAACAAUUUGAAGACGACCAUGAACGGUUUGAAUAUUGCUGCCAAGUGUUGAGUAAAGGCUCUCUGAGUCGAUGUUCUUACUGGGAGGUGCAGAGCUCUGGUAGAUUCACAGUGGCUGUUGCAUACAAGGAUAUCAAGGAAACAGGCCGACUAUGGAACUACAUACUUGGGAAAAAUGAAAACUCCUGGGCUCUGGAGUGCUGCCGACUCAUGUAUGUAUUCAGACACAACAAAACUCUGACUCUGAUCUCGGCUCCUUAUUCAGCUACAAUAGGCGUGUUCCUGGAUCACAGAGCAGGUAUUCUGUCCUUCUACAGCAUGCCUGACACUAUAAGUUUCUUCCGCAGAACUCAGUUCGGCGCCUGUAAAACCAUGACUCUCCUCCACACAGUCCAGACCAGAUUCACUCAGCCGCUGCUGGCUGGAAUACGACUGUAUGAAACUGGAGACUCUGCUGAGUUCUGUCAAUUCAAAGGUCAAAAAGCUCCCUGAGUUUUAAUGUGAGAGAAAGAAAAGCCUGAUACCUGCAGGGAAAUGAUAUAAUGGUAACUAACAGCUGUACUCAUUAAGAAAAAUGUUCCAAAUAAUCUGUGUGGACCUGAAAAGAACCAGAACUCUUAACCAGGUCCCAAUCAGUUACAGGUUACUGUUUAAAGCUCAGGAAUAUCUGACAGGAACAACAUUUAGACAUCAUCAGACAGACAUAAUGUUUGUUAAUUAUACAUGAGUAACUCCAAACUGUUACAGUUAUGUCCAGUAAAAAGAAACAUGUUGGUCUGAUUGUAAUUAAACAUCAAUCUCUAAGAGGUAUGAAUACUUAUGAGCCUUCCUGUUGUGCUGAAAUCUGAUUUUUAGCUGAUUCGGUUCAAUAUGAGCUUUAAUAUUAUAUUUGAAAACUGGUUUGUGGGGAUUUUUUGAGAAAUUGUAAAUUAAAUCAUCAAUGCUAAUAAAAAUGUUUAAUUUCUUAACAUGGAUGUUAUUCUGUGAAUUCAGGAAACUGAGGCAAUGAUGGCAUUUUUAUGAACUUGUAUUCCUGUUACUUAAAUCAUAAGUAGAUUGUUUAGUUUUAAACCUCUGGAGUUUUUUCUGUCAAAUGAUUUGUAACAUAAAAUCUCAUAACUGCUUUCUUCUGUUCUUUAUAUACCGGUUCUCUGAAUAUCUCCAUGUUAAUGUUGUAAUUUGCAUAAAUGUGAAUCAAAAUAAAGUGUGAACAUAGAAGUUGUCUAGAAAAAUAAAAUCUGUAAUUCUUUGA